UAAACCAGACAGUGGAUUGUUUUUUAUAAAUAAUAUUAAGAUGGUGACCUUGUAAAGACUAACUGUAAAGGUUUAGAUAACAUAAGCAAAUACUGUUUUACGAAUAAGGCCUGAUAACUCAAGUCAUUAUUAUUAAUCACUCCAAAAAGUGGUAUUGGUGAUUUCUUUAAACUGUGUGUUCUGUUAAGAAUGUCAGCAAGUGGGUGGUCUACUCGUCGAAGUGCAGCUUCCAAACAGUGUCACACCACCUCUUUGUGUGAUUCUAACUCAAGAUCAGGCCAUGCAAAAGGAGCAAGAAAAAACAAAAAGAUUCUUUUAUGAGUAUGGAUGACUUGUUUACAGCUGUAAACGUAUGUCGUACCUGGACGCUCACUAGCUAUGGAAAGGACAACAAACAGAAUUAUGAUGAUGGUAUGCUCUUUACAGUGAUGAGCUACAACAUUCUUGCUCAGGACUUGCUGGAGAGCAACAUGUUUCUCUACGAGCAUUGCUCACCUGAAUGUCUAACCUGGGAGUAUAGGAAGAAUAACUUAUUGAAAGAAAUAAGAAAAGCUGCAGUUGAUGUUAUAUGCUUCCAAGAAGUCCAGGUUAAUCACUAUCACAUGUUCUGGAAACCUCAGCUAAUGAGAAAUGGUUAUCAAGGUGUUUUCAAGAAACGAACAGAAGGCAAAACAGAUGGAUGUGCAAUUUUUUUUAAAACAAAGUUAUUUUCCAUCGAAAAGUGUAUACCGGUCGAAUUCUACAAGCCACGUAUUUCAAAACUUCUGGACAAAGAUAAUAUUGGAUUAAUUGUGGUACUUCGACCAGUGAUUGGAGUAAGUAGCGACUACUCUGGGAGUUUAGUCAUCGCUAAUACACAUUUAUUGUACAAUCCUGUACGCGGAGACAUUAAACUUGCCCAGUUGUGUCUAUUUUUGUCUGAAAUUGAUAAGGCUGCAUACCGUGGGCUCAGUAAACGCUCCAAACGCCCAAUGUACAAUCCUAUAAUUUUCUGCGGAGACUUAAAUCUUAUUCCUAAUUCUCCACUGUACACGUUAAUUGUUAAAGGAGAGCUUUGGUUCAAUGGCCUCUUAGCAGGAGAUAUGUCGGGCCAAGAAUUUGGAGCCGGGAAAGGAAGACGCCUUGGAUCUAUAAAUUUACCUGGUCCUGAUGAGAGUACACCUGAAAAAGCUUGUCAUUUGUUAAAUUUGUUAUCUGUUUACAACUAUGAAAGCCCCGAGGAAGAAAAGAAAGUUACAACCUUUAAUAAUAAUAAUACCAGCCAAUCCGUCGAUUUUAUCUUCUAUUCCGUUGAAGAUAAACUGAGCAUAUUGCAUAAAGGUAAGGUCUAUCACGAGCACGCUAAUGAAAAGUCUUUGAAACUUAUUGCACACUACAAUCUGCUGACUCAUCAGCAGCUGAAAAGCACUGGAGGUUUACCUAAUUUCCAAAACUCUUCGGAUCACUUGCCUCUCCUAGCUAAAUUUUUACUUCGAGAUUUAUAAGCUUGUGAAAACAAACACAAAUAAAGCCGUUAAAUAACUGUUGCUGAAAAUAUGAAAAUAAGUAUCACACUAGAUACGUAAUCCUUGCCACACUGAAGACACUAGUAAAAUGUGUGAGGAAAUCUGAUCUAAGCAAUGGUUGUCGUGCUCUAAAAAACCGUGUAUCCCAGAUUUAUAUAUAUAUGUUAGUUCAUUAUAAACAUAUUUAAAUUGAAUUGGAUAUAGAUAUUGUUUAGAAAAGCAAGUUUUAAAAUUAGAAAUACAAGAACAGGAAACCUUAGGAUCGUUUUCCAUAACAUUGUCUUCUCUGAAAUGGAAAUUUUAUUUUGUAUUUGAUGCGUAUGCUGCAUCAAUUGGAACUUUAAAACAGUUCAUCAAACGAUACAUCUACAUUUUGUAUAUUUUAGGCAUGUUUUACUGAAGAAACUAAGGAUUCUUAGUUUUAUUCGUUUACAAACCCAAUUAAAAACAAAACAUUUACAUUAAUUUCGCACAUCCAUAAAACUCAAUAAAUCAGUUUUAAGAUAAGUCAAAACUAUAUUUUUAGAAUAUUUUUAACUCAUAAAAAAUGUAAUGUAAAAAAUAUGUUUCACCAUAUCUUUCAGCCGUAUACGGAGCAAAUCAGGCUCAUUGUACUAGUUUUAGAAACAAAGGGAACAAAUAAUUUAGAUAUUUAUAUUUCAAAGCCAAUUUAAUUAUAUUUGUUAAGCUAAUUAUAUAAAAAAUUGCAUGUUAGGAAAUUGAAUACAAACGUACAAAGAACUUACAGUUUGACGUGUAAAGGCUCAGCAGGCCCUUGUUAGGUUAGAAAGUAGCAGACUUUCUCGUGCCCGUAAAAGCUGCUCGUCAUCAGCUCUACUUCCCUUACCAAAGUCAUCAUUAGAAACCUCACAAUUACACACAGAGUUCGCGUGUUUUUCCAACAGUGGAAGAAGUCCAGAGCUACAGAGGUUGAGUAUGUCCAAAAUUAAAGUCGCUCCACUCUGUACUUUUUAUUUACUAGCCAAAAUUGUCGUUUCCUGUAGAAAAAAAACCUAAACUCUCAAAUGUACGUAAGAUUUGGAUAAAAACCCUAUUUUUGCCAUAUAAUUUUGUUAAGAUAUGUUUGGUGUUGACGAAGUGAAACUGAUAUUUAGUAAUUCCUUAGAAAAAGUCCAAUUCAAACUGUAAUUUACUUCGUGCAAAAAUAAGUAGCGUGUUUAAGAUAUAAAAGUCAACAUAAUGAAAAGGUUGAAUACAAUUUUGAAGCUUACCAAUUCGUUACAAUCCAUAUCGCUACGUCCAAACAUGCUCUGUCUGAAGAACGUUCAUCUUGACAACAGCAUAGUUUUCAUUACAAAGUUCCGUCGGAAGGCUAUCAUGUCCAAAACACACUCUUUCCCGUACUCUAUCUAAUGUAGGAGGACGAUGGGUUUUCAGCGCCCGUUUCAACGGUAAAAUCACACAAAAUUUCAUAGCCGCUGCGUCUAGCGAAUCGACAGAUAUGUCUUCAUAUGAAAUAUCAUGCGACUGUUGAGCAAAUAUGUCAUGGAAGCAAUUUGUGUACACGUGACUCGUGUCGUUUGCCAGACCCUUCUUGAUUAUGUUGUCUGGGGAACGCGGACAGCCUUUGCUACUGUGCUUGUGGAUUCUUAUCUGUUACAAGACUUUGAUUAUAGAGCUAGAGUAUAAUUUGUUGCAGUUCCAUUUGUUGAGCCAUAUUCCUUUUUGUUUUCCAGUGCCGUUAAAAACAAGGAUAUUCACGUCUUGGAAAUGCUAAAUUUCCAAUCCGUUGGAAAGGGGGCUGUUUUGCACUCUUUCCAAAAACGAUCAGGAACAUCACACUACCUACGUAAUACCAAACAAUGUCACAAUGUAGUUCUGGUACAUGUCGUUUUACACCGACUUUCUAUCGGCUAUAGUUGUCACAAGAAUUGCUGAUUGAAAUUGUUUUAGUAGAACUUACUCAAUAAAUAACAACAAACGAUGCUGUUUGUAGCUAUACAUAAGUCUAAAAUAGAUAUCUAGCAUUCGUAUGAUGAAAAUAAUUAAGAUUUAGUAACCUUAUCAAAACAGAUUAACAAAAAUAAUUCAAUUGAAAACAGUGUUUGGAUUUAUUUGUUUAUGAGAGCAGCACGAUUAGAAUUGAAAUGUUUGAUAGGGCAGAACUGAUGGAACAUACAUUUGUAACUCCAAUUACAGCUUUCAUUAUUUUAAACAGCAAGAUUUUCUAUUAUCAAGUAAUUAGCUAUUGAAAAAAAAUCGAAAAAUCUGUCAAUUGACAAGAAAAUGUUUGAUAAUAAAUGUUUUGCAUGAAAUAUUUCUUUGUGACUAUUGUUAAACUCAAAUAAAAUAUUCGUAAUUUGCACUUGCAUGGA